AUGGCAGUAACAAAAGCGCGAAGUAGCCCCCGAAAACCCCGAGUGGUCAUCACCGUGUCCUGCUCAGUUGGUGUCGCCUUCCCCCCUUCCAUCGAUACGCGACAAGUUACAACAACCACUCACAUUGGUCUGUGUGCGAAAUCUACCAAAGAGUCUGAUCGAUCGAAACCUCAAGCCAUGGCGGGAGAAGAUCCGGAACGAUGGGCAUGCGAUGGAACAGGUGCACUUUCACUCCGCCUAGCUCGGGGAAAAGUUGCAGCCGAUCAACUCGCCCCUUCAGAGCAGCACCUAAUCUCCAGUUUUCAUCCGAAGUUUGUCUAUCCACUUUUUGGAGACGAAGAAACGAUCUAUGGCUACGAAGAUCUGGAUAUCCAGCUGGCGUUCAAUUCAUCAACGCUGAAGAACUAUCUCGCGAUCAAUUACGCUGCCGCGUUGCCCGAACCUGAUCCAGUCGAAAAGAUUAUCUACAAGUUUAUCCCGCCAGAUUAUACCAAAUCGGAGGCCACUUUCAACGCCGAUCUUGAGUCUUCCGGAACGAAGAAAUUCAUACCACCUGGGAAAAAAAUAUCUUCCUAUCGCACAUUACCUUCCAAGGGGAAAACAAAAUCCGAACAUUUCCUCACUUCUAAACGUUGGGAAAGGUGUACGGAUGAUCAGAUGGAAGACGAACAAGACGUGAUCUAUGAAUUAUGGGCCGCCGAUUGGAAAUCUCCUGGGUUUCGUGAGUAUCAUCGGAGAAUGCAGAUUCUCGUUUUGUUCUACAUCGAAGGAGGUAGUUAUAUCGAAGAGGACGACGAUCGUUGGGAGUUUGUUGUCUUGUUCGAGAGAAGGAAAGUGAAAACAGCAGACGGUGACUCCAGCCCUUACAGCUAUCAUUUCUGCGGCUACGUUUCACUUUAUUCGUUUUACCACUAUCCAUCUUCAAUUCGACUACGACUUUCCCAGUUCAUAGUUCUACCACCAUACCAAUCAAACGGACAUGGAUCUAUGUUGUAUUCUCAAAUAUUCCAAUAUCUGCUGACAAGGCCAGAAGUUGCGGAGUUAACUCUAGAGGAUCCGUCAGAAUCGUUUGAGGAUUUGAGAGACAGAGAGGAUUUGAAAUUGUUGUUUGACAACAAAGUGUUUGAUGAGAAACCGCUCAGUGAAUUGGUGCCUGUUCCGAGUGAAUGGUAUGAAAAGACGAGAACUAAAUGGAAAUUGGCUAAUAGGCAAUUUGCCAGGUUACUAGAAAUGGCCCUGCGAUGGAAAUUCACAACACUUGAAGAGUCAGAUAAUACAAAAUUAGAACGACUCUAUCGAAUAGCGGUUAAAGAGCGCCUUUAUCGGUUUAACUAUGACAGUCUGGUCGAUCUUUCCAAGGAAGAACGCCGAGAAAAAUUACAAGAUACUUUCCAAAACGUCAUGGAUGAUUAUGAUCGCCUUUUGCGAGGUGAAAGAAGGCAGAUCGAUUGA